AUGUCGCAACAACCGCAAGCCAUAGAUUUCGAAAAGAUACGAAAUGCCUCAGAUGGGAGUAUUCUGGGGAUGAUGUCUGUUGGUUUCAAAGAGGUGGUGAUGAAUAAUCCAUACUUUGCAGCAGGUGGGGGGUUAAUGCUCUUGGGAACAGGUUUGGCUUUGGCCAGACUGGGUAUAGUGAAAAGUUCGGGGUUCUUAUAUCGCCAAAUGCUUGUCGACUUGGAAAUUCCUUCAAAAGACAAAUCAUACUUGUGGUUUUUAGAAUGGAUGUCCAAACACAAGUAUAGAACCUCACGACAUCUCUCCGUGGAGACUAAUGUUAUUACCCAUGAUAAUGGGGCAAUCACCACAAAGUUUUCAUUAGUACCUGGACCUGGAAAACACCUUCUCAGAUACAAAGGGGCUUUCAUUCUUGUGAAUCGUGAGCGGUCGGGAAAGUUGUUAGAUAUGACCAGUGGAACUCCUUUUGAAACUGUUACACUCACAACGCUAUACCGAGAUCGGAAUUUGUUCAAUGACUUACUUUAUGAGGCAAAAAACAUGGCCUUGAAAGCUCGCGAAGGAAAGACAGUCAUUUUCACCUCUUGGGGGCCAGAAUGGAGACCUUUUGGUCAACCAAGGUCAAAGAGAUUAUUAGGUUCAGUUAUAUUGGACAAAGGAAUUGCAGAAAGUGUUGUGGAAGAUGUCAAGGACUUUUUGACAAGUGGCGAAUGGUACCACAAAAGAGGUAUACCCUAUAGAAGAGGCUAUCUAUUGUACGGACCUCCGGGGAGUGGAAAGACUUCUUUCAUUCAAGCUCUUGCUGGGGAGUUAGAUUACAACAUUUGCAUUUUGAAUAUCUCUGAAAAUACAUUGACGGAUGAUCGGUUGAACCACCUCAUGAACCAUAUACCAAAUCGAUCCAUUCUAUUGCUUGAAGAUGUCGAUGCAGCAUUCAACAAAAGAGAACAAUCUACUGAACAAGGUUACACCAGUGGGGUAACGUUUUCUGGACUAUUGAAUGCGUUGGAUGGUGUUGCCAGCGCUGAAGAGUGUAUAACAUUCAUGACAACCAAUCACCCUGAACGUUUAGAUCCAGCAUUAAUGAGACCCGGUCGUGUUGAUUUCAAGGUAUUGAUUGGGAAUGCUACAGAAUAUCAAGUUAAACGAAUGUUUCUUAGAUUCUAUGAAAAUGAGGAGGAGCUAUGUGAAGAGUUUCUCAAAAAAUACAGGAAGCUCAACUUGCACAAUGUUAGCACUGCUCAAUUACAAGGCUUGUUUGUAUAUAACAAGAGGGAUCCUAAAGCCGCCAUUGAUAUGGUUGAGACAUUAAGAGAUCCUAACACAGUCUUUUAG